AUGGCGUCUUCUAAUCGACCUCGCCUUGAGCCGCGCGGACGUCAGCUCAGUCGUUUCUUUGAACCGCUUGUCCUGCUACACACUCUUGGGAGCACACGAGGGGAGCACACACGAGAUAUCACGUACAAUGGGACAGAAAUCUCGUGCCUAUCGCGCAAGCAUCUUAUUCGGAGGUUUCUCUGUGACCUUGCGUACAUGUGCGAUUACGACAAAGGUGGCGAUACCGUAACUGCUAUAGGACUGGAGUCCAGGCCUCACGGAAAUGUUUUCUGGGUAGCCUCGAACACAAACCCGUCUGCAAAAAUAAUUCCCUUUCUGAAUACGCUGUUGGUGCAGCUACGCAAUGUCUCAAUUGAGGCGCCUAUGAUCGCCCCGGAAGAGGUUCAAGACCUGGCAACAAUGUGUAUCACAUUUGCAACUCCAAGGAUUAAGAAAUACAAAAGCCAUCUCAGACCGUUGCUGCGACGCUGUCUGAAGCAGCUCGACAAGAAAGACAAAGACAGUGGCGAAAUGCAUAGCCUCGCACGAUGGCUGCGAACCUGGGAUGAUAUAAUAGAUCCUGAGGGCUUGUGCCACUUUGCCUAUCGAGAACGAAAGUCAGACUACAUGCAGCUUCUCGCGCGACUGGGGACCGAGCCGAGCUACAAAAGCAAUAAAGAUGCGAUCCACCACGCCUUCUCGUCAGUGAGGCACUACAUCGGAAGACUCGGCCAUCAUUUCCGAGCAGCCAAUGAUUUGAUCUCUUGUUCUUUUAAACUAUCUGACGUUCUACACGACUUUGAAGUUCGUGGCGUUCCCAUUCUCACAGGAUCCAUCAUUCCUCCAGCAGAUGGCAAGACGACCUUGGAGAGCAUGAUCAAACGCAUGUUACCUGCGGGAUCGCCCAGCCUUGAAAGUUAUGAAAGGAAGUUGCAGGAGAUGGAUUCCAAGUACGACUUAUCUCGUCGCUUUCUUGAAAACUAUCGAGAACCUGGCUUGAAACCCCGCGUUCAUGCUGAGAUACACGUUUUGGAGCAUUUCCACGUUAGUGGUUUACGGUUUAUCGACGGUGAUUCGUUUAUUGCCUGUAGCAAACCGGCGUGCUUUUGCUGCUUGCUAUACCUCCGAGCCCAUCCUGGGCAAUUCGUGGAGCCGUUGUCACAUCAUAAGAUAUAUCUGAAUUGGAGGCCACCUGACCUCCACAGUCAGAAAGAAUUGAUUGGAGAGUUCCAUCAAAGAGACAUCCUCAAUGCUAUGACGAAAACGAUACGAAGGGAAGCUUUGAGGCAGAUUGACGACAAGAUUCCGCCACAUCCCUGGCAUCCUGAUUCGCUUACUGGUAUCACGGAGUCUGCAAGAGGUGACGCAACGCACAGAACCAACAGGCCUGGGGAGGCCUUUGUCCUUGCUCAAAAACACGUUGCGAACACUAGCCUACCUGUCUCAAGGUCGUCGACACCCGUCACUGGAGAACAAAGGGUUGAAGAAGGGUGCGAACAGCAACCGCCUCACGAUUCUGGCUCGUCAGUAGUUGAUUAUUUUCUUGAUGAUUCUGAUUUGGAGGGCGGGAUCCCCAUCUGA